UGUCUGUGUUCGUGGAGGCAGAGUAUCGUACAGCACAUUUACUCCUCCGGGUAAGGUUCAGUUAAUUCACCUGAGGGCCACAACACCUCUAACGGGGACAGCACGCCGGCGACUUGUCAAAGGAAUUAUUUUGGUAGAGAAUGCUAUGGCGGGCGUUGCCCUUGUUUACUGCAGCUGGAAGGAUAGAUGGGGCAGGGAGGCUGUACAGCAUGAGUUACACAGCUCCAAGGUCACUUCUAGCCAAGUCAGAUUUAUGCAUAGGACUACACAGGUUCUAUAAUACUAGCAGUACUCAAGAUCCCAGCCUGAGAAGAUUCCUUUUAUAUAAACGAAUUUUUGCAAUCUCUCUCUUUACUGGCACCCUUACAUUUGCUUGGUACUUGAGGAAGAAAAAAGGGUCAAGACUCAAAGCUCUUUUGGAAGAUUUUACAAGGGUUCAAGUGGAUGACUCCCUCUUUGGGAGUAAUGUAUCAAUGUACAGGUACAAAGGUUACGUAUUUCCUGGUCAAAUUGUUAUGUCGGGAGUUUUUCAAGAGUUGCCAAAGUUCCAGUUCAAGUCAGAUGAUAUUAUAGUUGCAAGUUAUCCUAAAGCCGGAACAACAUGGGUACAAGAAAUUGUGUAUAUGUUGACACACAACUUCAAGAAGAGUGAUGAUAGAUCUGAGGUGUUGGAGACCAGAUUUCCCUACCUGGAAUAUCCAUACCCAGGAAUACGAUCUUUAGCAGCCAAAGCAGGACCACGCUACAUCAAAACUCACUUGCCUUUCACUCUCUUGCCAACAUCAUUUGGGAACAGUGAUGCAAAGCUCAUAUAUAUUGCCCGAAAUCCUCGAGAUACAGCAGUGUCAUAUUUCUACUUCAUGCAGCUGCUAACACAGUGCAGCUACCAAGGGACAUUUUCCAGUUUUGUCAAAAUGUUCCUCUCUGAUAUGGCACUGUACAGUCCAUUCUUUGACCAUGUCUUGGGGUAUUGGAAGUUAAGAGAAAACCCAAAUAUUCUCUUUGUAACCUAUGAAGAACUGCAUCAAGAUCCCAUUAAAAUCAUCAAGAAACUAGCAGAGUUUCUUGAAGUUCGAGCGAGUGAUGAUGAUGUGAGUUACAUAGCAGUAUCUACUUCAUUUGCUUCAAUGGCAACAAAUCCCAGUGUUAAUUAUGAGCACUGGAAAGAUCUGGGGUUUGCCUACAAAAACAAGGGAAAAUUCCUUCGGAAAGGUGAGGUUGGAGGGUGGCAGACACACCUGAGCAAGACACAGGUUGCAGCAUUUGAAGAAUGGGAGGAUGAACACUUAAAGGGCUUGGACCUCAAAUUUACAUACACACUUCCUGCUAACCAAAGUGAAGAUUAAAUCUUUGUGCUUUGUGGGAUUUGACAUGGAAAACUGUAUUACAUGAUAUUGUAUAGUUUUUAUACACUACAUUAUUUCUUAUUGAUUUGCAUAGUAGUUAUGCAGGUGGUAGUGGAGGAAGUGGGAGAACAUAUUUUGUCUAUGUUAAUGACUGAAUAAUAUUUAUCUUUUUGUGAUUAUCACUUUUUCAUAGACAAUGCUUCACUACACUGUACAGUAAUACAUUGUGUUGUGAUGUGUGUAUAUGUAUGUAUUAACACGAUGUACUGAACGGGGUGAGAAUAGCUUGAGCUACCUCAUCCCUUUGUGUGUAUUUUACAUCAAUAAACUUAUUUCAAUUUCAA